GGCUGUCCUGUCUGUCCCGAUAAGUAUAUGUAUGAGUGCACAGAGGGUUUGCUGUGUUAUUUGAAGUAUAAUACGGCCACCACUUUCCAUACGGCCGGCACUUGUCGUAUGGGCUCAAUAGACAGACCCGAUGUUGUGGUCGACCCACAGUUGAGGGUUAAGUACGCGAAGAACCUCAGGGUUUGCGACUCAUCGGUGUUCCCAGUGGUUCCCAACUCUAACACCGCCGCUAUAUCUAUAACCGUUGGCUACAAGUGCUCGCAAUUUAUUAAGGAUUGCUAUGAUUUAAAAUAA